UAAUCCGGCCAUUCACAAUUUUAGUUAUUUUUAUUUUAUAAAGGGAUUUGGAUAUUUUAUUAGGGCCAGACAGGGCCAAUACACAUGUAAAUCAACAACAACAGGAAGUAUUGCAGCUGGAGUACCUCAGGCUGCACAUCUGGCUCAACACCACCACCCGGCGGCGGCCCUCACACGCACACGCCUGGCACACACGCGGCGCGUUUGAAUGCACACUACAUCUCCCAUGGUGCCCUCCUUUCGAGAGGCAGGCGGUCAUGCGGGUGGAAACGGCAGUGGGGAAUCCGCUUCGCUGCGCGAACAAAAACACUUAGAGGAAAGAUGCACGAAGCGGAGGACGGCAGCAGCAGCAGCAGCAGCAGCGCGGCCGCGCGCGUCGUGGCCACCGCGUCCGUGGAUGUGGCGGCGGCGGCGGCGGAGGUCGAGGGUGCAAAGGAGCUGGCCUCCAAGCUGUGCGGGUACCUGAACAAACUCUCCGGCAAGGGGCCCCUCAGGGGCUACAAGACCAGAUGGUUCGUGUACGAUCCCAGGAAAUGUUACUUGUAUUACUUCAAGACUCCCCACGACGCCCUGCCGCUCGGCCACAUCGAAAUAGGCGACGCGUGUUUCAGUUACGACGUGGAGGGGGAAGAGGGUCAGUUCGAGAUCCGCACCGCCGGCAAAGAGUUUCUCAUGAAGGCCCCCACCAGACAGGUGAUGCAUUUCUGGCUGCAGCAGUUACAGCAGAAACGCUGGGAGUACAGCAACACGCGAGGCUCCGGUCAGAGAGACAGCUGGAGCUCGCCGACCCUGGCCUUCCCUCCCACGGGCCUCGUAGGCAAAGACAAUUUUGCACUCGUCUUUCCGAAGCCGAGUGACGGCAUGGAGAAGGUCCGCAGCGACUUUGCCAUGGGGACAGAGAGCGAUGGUGGGGCAAUGGUGGGCAUCCAGUCCGCCAGGGGGCCUUCUGCUGCGCCCACCAACCCCCUUAACUUCUCCCUCAAAAACCUGGGCACAGAACUCCGGAACUCCAUGUCUUAUCUGCGGCAGGGCAGAGGAGCCGAGAGCAGACGCAGUCUGUUUUACACCAACAGCAACAGCAGCGCCGAGGAGUGGGAGCUGGUGGACGCUCCGACCAAGGACUCCCCCGAACAGAAGCGUCACGCGGACACACACAGGCAUUCCUUGGGGUCGGCGUUCCACUUCGACUUUGCGCGCGCCGCGUCGCGGCCCAAGAGGCCGCCGCCGCUGCUGCGCGACGUGAUGGCCCCCGGGCGCUUUGGGCGCAGCGCCGAGAGCUCCCCGCCGGAGUGCAACGGCGGCAUACCUGCGGACGCAUUGCUUCGCCUGCAGAGCCAACAGGAGGAACUCGGCCGCACGCGGAAGGAGCAGGCCGAGCUCCGGGGGGAGCUGGCCAGUCAGAAGGAGUUGGUGAGACUUUUGCAGCAGACUCUGAGAACCUCCCAGUGCGAUCGGCAGCCAGUUCCCCGUCCGGCCCCGGCUCCGGAUUCCUCCGCAGCUUCAGACCUCCCUCCAGCUCUGGCAGGAACCCAGCAGGACAACGGCCGGCUGGAGACUCUGCUUCAAGAGCGAGACGGACAGGUCCAGGACUUGUGUGGCCACAUGGAGCGCCUCGCCUUGGAGAAGGAGAGUCUGCAGCAGGAGCUCAAGGGCCUGAAGAUAAAGGUGGGCGAUAUAAACGAUCAACUGGGGAUGUUGAUGGAGACCAUCCAGGCCAAGGACGAAGUCAUCAUCAAGCUGUCGCAGGAGAGCUCCGAGCAGAGCGGCGCUCAAAGCGACAGCUCGCCGCUACCCGCCAAAGAUCAGGGGGAGAUGGACAUCCUGAAGGACAGUCUUCAAGGCUACAAAUCCCAGAACAAGUUCCUGAACAAAGAGAUCCUGGAGUUGACAGUAUUACGCAGAAACGCCGAGAGCAGAGAAAAGAUUUUAGAAGCAAAGUGUACGGCCCUGGAGGCUAAGCUUUGUCAGGUGGAGAGUAAGUAUCUGGUGCUGCUUCAAGAAUUGAAGAACCCCGUGUGCUCCUCUUCGGAGCAGAGCCCCGCCCGAGAAGUCAUCUCCCAAUUGUUGGAGGACGCGCUGCAGGCAGAAAGCGCCGACCAUCAAGACCACCCCAUCUUUAAGCCAAACAUUGUCAGUGAGUACGACACGUUUGGCUUCAAGACCGUCCCCGAGGAGGAGGAGGAAGAGGAGAGGCUGGUUGCGAAGGUGAGGGCCCUGGAGCUGAAGUCUCUCUCCAUGACCGAUCAGGAGGUGUCCAUCGGCGUCAAGUGGGAGAACUAUCUGGCCAGCACCAUGAACCGAGACCUGGUGCGCUCCCCCGAGCUCAAGGCCCUGUUCCGCUACGGCGUGCCCCACGAGCACCGCUCCCAGGUGUGGCGCUGGUGUGUCGCCUUCCACGUCAAGAAGUUUCGGGACAACCUGGCCCCCGAUUACUACGAGACGCUGCUGAAUGUCGCGAGGGACAAGCCCAACCCGGCCUCGAAGCAGAUCGAGCUGGAUCUGCUGCGUACGCUGCCCAACAACAAGCACUACUCCUCCCCGAGUGCGGGCGGCAUCCAGAAACUCAGGAACGUCCUGAUGGCGUUCUCCUGGAGGAACCCAGAUAUCGGCUACUGUCAGGGGCUAAACAGGCUGGCGGCUAUCGCCUUGCUCUAUCUGGAGCAAGAGGAUGCCUUCUGGAGCUUGAUAGCCAUCGUGGAGGUCUUCAUGCCGAGGGAUUAUUACACCAAGACUCUGCUGGGCUCACAGGUUGACCAGCGUGUGUUCAAGGACCUGAUGUGCGAGAAGCUCCCUCGGCUUCACGCCCACUUUGAGCAGUACAAGGUGGACUUCUCCCUCAUCACUUUCAAUUGGUUCCUGGUGGUGUUUGUGGACAGUGUGGUGAGCGACAUCCUCUUCAAGAUCUGGGAUUCCUUUCUGUACGAAGGUCCUAAGAUCAUAUUUCGCUUCGCCCUCGCUCUCUUCAAGUACAAAGAGGACGAAUUUUUGAAACUGGAGGACUCUACAGCCAUCUUUAAAUAUCUUAGAUACUUCACACGCACAAUCCUGGAUUCAAGGAAGCUGAUGAACAUCGCCUUCGGUGACAUGAACCCUUUCCCGAUGAGACAAAUUCAGAACCGCCGCUCCUUCCACCUGGAGAAGGUCCGCCUGGAGCUGACCGAGCUGGAGGCGAUCCGACAGACCUUCCUCAGGGAGAGGGAGACGAGUCAGGAGAGACGGAGCUUCGUCAGCGACGACGAGGAGGACAACUAACGUUACGGAGGUCGCUGAAGAUCCUCCCUCCGUACGCCGCUCAAUGGUUCAAGUUAGUUGGAUUUCAGAGUGCGACCAAUGAACUUUCUAUACAGUUUUGAGUGAAACCGCAUCAGAAGACCUUUACAUUGAAAGCCAAAUGUGCUUUUUCUCAGUAUUCCUGCCAUUUCAAUGCUUUAUUUGUUGUAUGCUUGUGUGUACGUGUCUAAUGCCAAGCUACACGUUUCCAAUCAGUAUUUUAAUAACAUGGCUGUGAUAUUUAGCGGGUGAAUGUGUGUUGAAAGGUUGAUUCCUUUUACCUUUUGUCUACCCAAAUCCUUUGAUGUUUGUUUCAUGCGUCGCUUGAUGCGGUUGAAUCACUUUUGCUGAAAUUUAAGUUGUGCUGAAACUUUUAUUUUCAAUCUUUGAGACAAUCCAGCCUUUAGAGGUUGCACAAAUACCCCGUCUUCCCGUGUAAUUCUUUUAUAUUUCACGGGUCAGAUGACUAGAGAUGUUCUUAAGAUGUCAAACAUGUCAUCAGUCUGUAUUCUCAAAGUCUUUUUAAGGAGUAUCCAAUAUAAUCUCAAUGUUAUUUUAUACUUAAAGGUAAUUUCAUUACUUACUACUCACAAACACACUUCUGAAAGCCUUUAACCCUUUUGCACCUUCAUCUGUUGUUAAAUUAAAGAUAAGGCUGCUGUGUUUGGUUAGGAGAAUGUUUCAAAUUGAAAUCCAAAACUUUAUGAAUGUAUCCCUACAAAUGAUCUGAUUAUCUGGCUAUAAUAAGUAUUUUGUGUAUUUUGAUGAAUUUGCUUUGUCUUGUUUCGGUAAUGUUCUUGAGAUUUUUUUUCAAUUAUUUGGGGUUUGUUACAUACUAAAACUAUUUAAUUUCCCCUGACUAGAACCCAUUUAGCAAAAUCUGCACAAUGCUGAAUUACGUUUCAGAUGUGUUUGCACUCACUGUCCUCCGUGUGGCAGUGCAACAUUUGUCUGUGUGUUACCCUAAAAGGAAAAAAAAGAUUGAAAAGAUUUCAAGUUAAUUAACUGUAUUGAUGAAAUAGCCGCGAAGUCAUUCUGUCAACAUUAUUCAGAGUAUGGAUAGUGUAGUUUUUAACAGAUAAGGGAAGCGCUUCGGGUCUAGGUCCUCACUGAAGACAUUGACUCUUGAUGCACUGUGAUGAAACCACGUUUAUAUUCGGUCAGCAACUUUUGUUCCAAUGGUAAUCUACAAGAGAGGAAGGUUUUUUUUUUUUUACGCAGCCCCUUCUCUUUUGUUGAUAUAUUGUUUACACGUUUUCUUUCCCAAAUCUUUGUAUUGCUUCACCCUACUCGCUGUGGACGGGUUUUCCUUUGCUGUUAGUUAUCGACCACCUUUCCUCUUCUACGCUGCUGUUGGCCUCGGCGUUUUUGUUGGACCACCUGAACUUGUGAACAAAUGGCCAAACUGUGGUUCUUUUAAUGAUUCAAAUGUGAAUGGAAAAAAAAACAACCUUUUAUCAGAAGAGGUUCAAUGUGUUUGUUUUCAUGAGAGCAGGUCUUUCAUGAGACUCGGUCAGUUAAAGAUGGAAUGAUGUCUCUUUGUCAGGCGCCUCAUACAGCAGGUUUGCUCAUGUUUGCAUGGAUUUUCUUGUUGGAGUAAGCUAUGUUCAAUGUUAUCACCUAUUCUUUUAUAUCUCUCUUUUGCUUUUAUUGCACACGUGUGACGCCCAGAUGGCUACAGAAUGUCGUAGGGCACUUUACUUUGUAAACCUCUAUGACAUCUUGUUAUUCUGCAUCACUUAUAGAAACGUUUUCAUGUUAAAGAAAGAUGUAUCUGCCAAUGUAUGCUUUGGUAAAAGACACAUUAAACAAACAACAGCC